AUGGUCAAGGCUGUUACUAUCCUCCGAGGAGACGCCAAGGUCUCCGGCACCGUCAUCUUCGAGCAGGCCUCGGAGGGUGCCCCUACCACCAUCACCUACAACAUCACCGGCAAUGACCCCAACGCCAAGCGUGGCUUCCACAUCCACACCUUUGGCGACAACACCAACGGCUGCACCUCUGCCGGCCCUCACUUCAACCCCUUCAACAAGAACCACGGCGCUCCCUCUGAUGAGGUCCGUCACGUUGGUGACCUCGGCAACAUCGAGACUGAUGCUCAGGGCAACGCCAAGGGCACCAUCACCGACAACCUUGUCCAGCUGAUUGGCCCCAACAGCGUCAUUGGCCGCACCGUCGUUGUCCACGCCGGCACUGAUGACCUCGGCAAGGGUGACAACGAGGAGUCCCUCAAGACUGGUAACGCUGGUCCUCGUCCUGCUUGUGGUGUCAUUGGUAUCUCUGCCUAA